AUGUUCAAGUCGUCGAUCAUCCUCAGUUUCGCCGUCGCUGUCCUCCUGGCUUUCUCCUCUGCCGACGCUGCCGUUAGCCCCAUAUGCGACCUCGAUUGUGACGGGGGUCAAACGUGCCACAUGGGCGAUGAAGGAUCCACGUGGUGCGAGUAA